AUGAAAAGUAAUAUUAUAUUUAAUAUUAUUAAUAUGCCAGGAUACGGUGAUUAUGUAGCUAAAGGUUAUAUGACAACAUAUAUACAAAAUUCAAAGAUAUGCAAUAAAAAACAGAAAACAAACAUAUCUCUUUUUUCUAAAUUUUUUUUAUUUGCCCUUUUAAUAAUGGUAUUAGAGGGUUUCAGUAGUUACACAUAUAAAUUUGAGAAUUCCAAAGAAAUCUUGGGGGGGAUAGUUGAUUUAAUAAACAAAAGAAAUUUGUCAGAAUCUAGUAAUGAAGGAAUAACAGAUCAAUUAAAAUUAAAUUUAUUACGUAUUGGAGAUGAUGUAAAUAGGGAAGGAAAUAAUCCGGAACAAGAGCCAAGUUUAAAUGAAUCAGAUUCUGAAACAGACGAAGGAAAUGAUGAAUCAUUGGAAAGCUUGAAAAAAAAUGAAGGAAAUGAAUCUAAUAAAAUCUCAAGUGGAUUAAAGGGAAAAAGUAAUAAUAUGCUUCAAAGGUCAUUGAUGGCUGCACCAUUUUUAUUUACAAUGGCAAUGCUUACAUUAAAUAAUUCGAGAACACCACAUAUUCCAGUAAAGGCACUCGCCAUAUAUUUAGGAUAUGUAGGAGCUUUAAGUUUUAUUGAUCCAUUUAAUACUUCAGAUGAUGAUAAAAAAAAAUCAUAA